UGGAUAUUGAAGAGACCUAAAGAUAGAAUUGGCUGAAAGAAGACUCUCUGAAGGAAGGGUCGGAGUAGAAAAACAGAAAAAAAAAAAAAACAAUGGCUACACUAAUGAAACUGGCAGAUUGGAAUCCUGACCGAAGCAAAAGAUCUCUGUUGGGGAGGAGUAAAGUAUAAGGUGGAAAAGACAAGGUGGGGCCAGUUGACACACGGCCUUGAAGUGCAAGAUGAAUUCUAUUAUAGCCUGUAUAUUCUAGAGCAUGCUGCUUAGGGUAUCUGUAAUUCAGUGUAUAUCAGAUACCCGGAUUGCUUUUGGAAGCGAUGGAGAGGGAUGAUAUCUGAUUGGAAUUUUGAAUCUGAUCCUAACAAGCAACAAUAUCUACAAAGAUUGUACAGUUACUGUAGUUUGGACCCAGGGAGAGAAAACUCCCAGAACACCUUGGUCCUGAUGUCUGAGCAUGGAGAUGUGAGCCUCCCACCCGAAGACCGGGUGAGAGCUCUCUCCCAGCUGGGUAGUGCAGUGGAGGUGAAUGAAGACAUCCCACCUCGUCGGUACUUCCGCUCUGGAGUUGAAAUUAUCCGAAUGGCCUCCAUUUACUCUGAGGAAGGCAACAUAGAACAUGCCUUCAUCCUCUAUAACAAGUAUAUCACGCUUUUUAUUGAGAAACUACCAAAGCAUCGAGAUUACAAAUCAGCUGUCAUUCCUGAAAAGAAAGACACAGUAAAGAAAUUAAAGGAGAUUGCAUUUCCCAAAGCAGAAGAGCUGAAGGCAGAGCUGUUGAAACGAUAUACCAAAGAAUAUAGAGAAUAUAAUGAAGAAAAGAAGAAGGAAGCUGAAGAGUUUGCACGGAACAUGGCCAUCCAGCAAGAGCUGGAAAAGGAAAGACAGAGGGUAGUACAACAGAAGCAGCAGCAAUUGGAACAGGAACAGUUCCAUGCCUUUGAGGAGAUGAUCCGGAAUCAGGAGCUCGAAAAAGAACGACUGAAAAUUGUACAGGAGUUUGGGAAGGUGGAUCCUGGCCUAAGUGGCCCGCUGGUGCCUGACUUGGAGAAGCCCUCCUUAGAUGUGUUCCCCACCUCACCUGUCUCGUCCACACAGCCUUCAGAUUGUAACACAACAGUAAGGCCAGCUAAGCCACCUGUGGUGGACAGGUCCUUGAAACCUGGAGCACUGAGCAACUCAGAAAGUAUUCCUACAAUCGAUGGAUUGCGCCAUGUGGUGGUGCCUGGGAGGCUGUGUCCACAGUUUCUCCAGUUAGCCAGUGCCAACACUGCCCGGGGAGUAGAGACCUGUGGAAUUCUCUGUGGAAAACUGAUGAGGAAUGAAUUUACCGUUACCCAUGUUCUCAUCCCCAAGCAAAGCGCUGGGUCUGAUUAUUGCAACACAGAGAACGAAGAAGAACUUUUCCUCAUACAGGAUCAGCAGGGUCUCAUCACACUGGGCUGGAUCCAUACUCAUCCCACGCAGACCGCCUUUCUCUCCAGUGUUGACCUACACACUCACUGCUCCUACCAAAUGAUGUUGCCAGAAUCAAUAGCCAUUGUUUGCUCCCCCAAGUUCCAGGAAACUGGAUUCUUUAAACUAACUGACCAUGGACUAGAAGAGAUUUCUUCCUGUCGCCAGAAAGGAUUUCAUCCACACAGCAAGGACCCACCUCUGUUCUGUAACUGCAGCCAUGUGACUGUUGUGGACAGAGCAGUGACCAUCACAGACCUUCGAUGAAAAUUUGACUUGAACACCUUGCAAGAACUAUAAAACUGUAUCAGUGUACUGUAGCCCCUUAAAUUAAGCUUCCCAGAAAGCUUUGGAAGGUUUCUUAAACAGAAUAGAAAAGGGGCAUCAUCUGGAGAAGAGCUGAUACUCUGUGUCUGGUUUGAAAAGAAAUAAUUGAAUACAUUUUUUAGGCAAGCUGGAAAAGAGCAUGAUCACACUAAAGCAACUGUAACUCAAAAAUUAAGUUGAAAGAAUGGUAUAAUGAACUCCCAUAUACCCUUCAUUCUAGAUUCACCAAUUGUUAACAUUUUUUCCUCUCAACUAUUCUAAUUUCCUGCCAACUUGUUUAUUAUUUACCUUUGGACUAAAUAAGGGCAUCUACGUAGAAAUUUGGAAGCCAUUUAGAAAAUCUUUUGGGUUUUCCUGUGGUUUACGGCAAUAUUAAUGGAGCUUAUUUCAAGGGUGAGGGGACAGUUCACUGCAUCUGACCAUAUGGUGAGACUUACAUGUCCUGAAGAAUAAUUUUGUCAGGAAUUAUUUAACACAUAUUUCAGGAUAUUUUUCCUCUGCAAUAAAAUAACAGUUGACUUAUUUUUUGUGCUCUAGAGUGAUUCGUUUGAUGAAGCAUUGUAAAAACAGGUUAAGUGAAAGGUCUGGUUGUUUUGAGAAAGGUGAGGGGGAAAUGGAAUUUGAGAUGUUCCAACACUGAAGGUGUGUCCCAGUUCACUUUUAAUUAUCCAAUGUUUUUUCUCUACCUGUUGCUGUUUUCAGGGGUGUGAAGUCACCUCUGUUCUUUUGGCACUGUCUCAAGUGGGUCAUCCUGUUCACUUCCUCAUUUUGUCCUACAAGCUUUCAGCUGAGGAUAAUCGAGCCUUUGUUUGGAGUACCAUGUUACACUCCAAAUAAAUGAUUACAGUCCCUAGCCACCCCUCCCUACCAAUUUCAUUGUGUUGGCUAUUCUUUUCUGACAUAGGCAAUACCUAGGAAGGUGUUUGAAGCUGCAGUUGAUACUGUAUUUUUCUUUGUAUGAACUUAGCCUAGUAUUAUUCUAAGAUAGCCUAGAAGUAAUGGUUUUAUUGGUGACACCUCAGUUUAGGGUAAGAGUAAAUACCUUGGAUAGGAGAAGAAUGAUUUCUUUCUAUAUCAAAAUUCUGUGGGGGAAAAAUCUGUGAAUGUAUAAAGUUUUGCUU